CUCUUCGAUCUAACGAGCAAGUAAAAAUGGCCAAGUCCAAGAACCACACCAACCACAACCAGAACAAGAAGGCUCACCGUAACGGUAUCAAGAAGCCAAAGUCCCAGCGUCACCCUUCCCUCAAGGGUGUCUGCCCCAAGUUCAUCCGCAACCAGCGUUUCGCCAAGAAGGGAUCCGCUGCUGCCCUCAAGAAGGAUUAAACAACAGGCUUCUUUUCUUUUCCGUCCUUGGCACACAACACAACAUCCUCUCCCAAAGGGUGUUUUCUGAGCUUGGUUUGUGGGGAAGGAGAACUUCUUUUACAAAAAAAAUAAAAAGAAAUUAUUUUUCUUG